AUCCUGCAAUUCCUUCCCAUGAUGCACUGCAAACAAAGAUGGCUUCCGUGGUGAAGUAAUCUUGCGUUCGUGGACAGAUUUUCUCGAAUUUUCACGACUUUUUCGGACUUGCGUAACAAUUUUGGGAUGUGGAGAUGUCGGAGAAAAAAGACCGAUGUCGCUGAGCUCAAAGAAAGGGAAGAGUCGUGGUAAGAAGAAGGGGCUUUUGAAGAGGAAAGGAAGCACAGGUAGCAGUGGUAGCCAUGGCAGUGGAGACAUUAAGAUUGCCUCUGAUAAGAAGCACAAGGCCAAGGCUAUACAGGAGGCCAUGCGCAGCGAUCCCCCGGACAUCGCAAACCUCAGGAGGCUGGCCAUCAGCGAUGGUGGUCUGCUACGAGAUGACCUGCGGAGAAAAGCCUGGCCCAAACUAAUGAACGUCAAUGUGUUUGAAAUUCCUCCCAAGCCAGCCAACAUUAGAGCCCACCGGGACUACAGACAAGUUGUUCUUGAUGUGGAAAGAUCAAUGAGAAGAUUUCCAGCCAACAUGAAGGAAGAACAAAGGUCAAGAUUACAGGACCAACUGGUGGACAUCAUUCUCAGAGUUCUCGUCAGACACCCAGAGCUUCACUACUAUCAGGGGUACCAUGAUAUCUGUGUGACCUUCCUGUUGGUAGUGGGAGAGGAUCUUGCCUUUGCCAUCAUGGACAAACUGUCAGAGUACCAUCUGAGGGACUUCAUGGAUGAAUCUAUGGACAGGACUCGUCACAUCCUGGGCUACCUCAUGCCAAUAGUGGGUAAAGCCCACCCUGAACUGAGAGACUUUCUGGAGAGAUCAGAUGUGGGCACCAUCUUUGCCCUGAGCUGGUUAAUCACGUGGUACGGCCACGUUCUCACAGAUAUCAGGCACAUCGUCCGGUUAUACGACUUCUUCCUGGCCUGCCACCCCCUCAUGCCUAUCUACCUAGCAGCACAGAUAGUUCUGUACAGAAGUGAAGACAUCCUGCGUGUGGAAUGUGAGAUGACCAUGGUGCACCACACCCUGUCCCGCCUGCCCGAGGACCUGCCGUUUGAACACCUGGUCAGUCGUGCAGGGGACCUGUUCAUCCAGUACCCUCCCUCCAUGCUGGCCAAGGAGGCAGAGCUGGAGUUCUUAUCCAGCACCACCAUUAGUUGUUAUGAGGACUUUGAGAUGGCCACCAAUCAGAAACCAGAUACUGUGCUUCGGCGGCGGCGGCGAUUCGGCAACAGUACCGCACAGAACGGGGACGUGAAGACGGUACAGCUCAGAAAGCCAACAAACCUGGCGCUGAAGUUUGCAGUGUGGGCCAUUUCUGCCUCCCUCGGUGCAGCUGCACUUGCUGUAGUCAAUGUUGUGAAUGAGUGGUUUUAGGUGUAUGUUCUAAUAUAGACUUCACCAGAAAAUACUGGUCUAAUCUAACCUAAUCUAAGAGACCAGACUAAAGUGAUGUCUUUCUACCUGAUCUCCAAAUCAAGAUGUGUAUAUUCUUUAAAUUUGUGUCAAAUGUGAUCUUUUGUUUCAUUUGUGGAAAAGUAGAUGCUAAGGUGAGAAUUUAUGGCGCUGUCAUAUUCAUCUUACAUGUCGGUCAUUGUACGAUGUUGAUGCCGUAGAUUUUCAAGUGGACAAAGAUCUAAGAAAAGUCUUUUCUGUAAUGAGACAGUGGAAUUUUGCAGGACAAAUGCACAACUAUCCCAAGAAUACCCUCAGAUUGUGAUCGUAUGACGAGGACUACGUGUCAGGUCCUUGUAGAAGAUGCGAAAGUUUAGGUUGUAGUGUUCGAAACUAGACAAGUUGGAUAAUGAUUGCAGUAUCCUAGGUUGAUGGUUUGAGAGAAGUCUUAAGAUGACUAAGAAAGGCAGGGAAAGAGAUAUUAUAAAAUUGUACGUCGACAAGUACAUGUAAUCGUGUGAAUAUUCAUGAUGUAAAUAGUGAAAAUUCCAUGGACACAGUAACAUUUUAUAUGUUUGGUGUUGCUCUUGAACGUCUGUAUAGUUGCCAGCAUGUGGUCGAUGCAACAGUAUAGCCAUUCCUAUGUCUUAGUUAUCUAGAAGACUUCAUUUAGUUGGUCGGUCACAAGGAAACAUACAGUGCAAUAAGCUAUUUGCAAUUUCAAAAAGCCAUCAGAUCCUCAGAUUAUGAUUAUCAGGAAACUUACCGGAGUUCUAAGAAAAAUUUCUGUGGAGACUACAUUUAGGUACAAAUGUAUAUGUUAUGAGCCUGUUACAAUCGUGCAAAUUGAAUAUGAAUGUAAACCCAGAAGGGUCAGUGAUAUAUAUAUUUCUAGCAUUGUACAUGUCUAAGCACAGGCAAUGCUAUAUAACCAAAGAUGUAAAACAUAAUUUUGUCUUGCCAUCUCAUGCACCGAGUUAACAUUGGCACGUGCAUGGAGUCAGUGUAUCAAAGAUUUCCACUUCCAGCUUACUGUACAGAAUCAAACUAUGGAUGCUGCUGUUUUAAAAACAAAGUUAUGCCAAGCAAUGUUGUUUCAUUUGUAUUGUUUUGAUUCUUAUUGGUUUACACAUGCAGACAAGUAUCUGUCGUAUUUGCUGGAUAUACAGUACGUGUGUACUUUAAAGCACAUCCCCAGAAUGUAAUAAACAUGGUAUAUGGCCUGGUAUCCAAGCUGCCGUGUCUCUCUCAUCCUCUGUAGUCAACGUCGCAUCAGAUGAAUGGCUGUUGCAUACAAUCUCUCUUUUGACAAAACCACGUCUUUUGAAACCUAUACAUGGGAAUGUAUCUUCAA